AAGUUUUGUGAUAUUUUCACUUCUGACAGGCACAACGUGAGCGAGGCAAGAUGUUUGUUUUGACUCGCAUGAAAGAUACGGUGCGCAUUCCCCCGAAUUUGCUUCAUCUCGACACCACUCAAGCCAUUACAGAAAUCAUAAACUCAAAAUUAGCAAACAAGGUUGUUCACAAUGUCGGCUUAUGCAUUGCUUUGUGGGACAUUGAAAAGUUUGAAGAUACCUUUAUCUUUCCUGGUGAUGGAGGAACACAUACAACUGUUCACUUCAGGUAUGUUGUGUUUCGACCUUUUAUUGAUGAAGUUCUGAUUGGGAAAGUAAAACGGUGCAGCAGAGAAGGGGUUUAUGUUUCUAUGGGAUUUUUUGAUGAUGUUUUCAUUCCAGCUGAUGCACUACAACAUCCAUCUAAAUUUAAUGAACAAGAGCAGCUAUGGGCCUGGGAAUAUGACACAGGUGAAGGCAAGCAUGAUCUUUACAUGGACAUUGAUGAAGAGAUCAGAUUCCGUGUUAUGGAGGAGAAGUUUGUGGAGGUGAGUCCCAAAAAGAAGAAAACAAAGGGGGAGCCCAAAGAUGUGCCACAGAUUGAUGCUGAACCACGAAAACCUCCCUACACCAUAACUGGCACACUAGCUGAACCAGGACUAGGUUUGCUUUCAUGGUGGACUUCAGCAGGCUAAAAUAAAGUAUUUUAGUUUUGAAAUUUC